AUGGGAAAUGUUGAUCCGACAAUUAAUAAUUGGAUUCCGAUAUUUUCGAUUCCAUGUUUGAGUUUCAGCUUAUUUCUUCGUUUUCUUUUACAAAAACGUCGAAUGCAAAUGAAUUUAGUUGAUUGGAAACGUGAUAGAAAACUGAUCCGCCAAUUAUUAAGUGUCACAAUUCUCUACGUUUUAGGCUGGGCGCCCCUCCAAACUGCGGCGAUUUAUAUCAAUUUCUAUCUUGGAGGUGUUUCUCCUCAAUUUGUUGUCGAUUACUUCUAUAUUUUACCUUAUUUUAUUCAUUUAUUUUAUCCGUUCGUUAUACUUUUCUCUCAUUCAGAAUUCCGUCGAAGAAUCAAUCUUGUUCAACCUCAAGACUGA